AUGUCGUUAAAGAGACUCCAAGCUGAAGUGGAUAGAUUAUUGAAAAAAGUGAAUGAAGGUAUUGAAACCUUUGAAUACAUUUACGAUAAAAUACAAUCUGCCAGUAGCAGCAAUCAAAAAGAUAAAUAUGAACAAGACUUGAAGAAGGAAAUUAAAAAGUUACAACGAUUUCGAGAUCAAAUCAAGACACACUUGGCGAAUAACGACAUUAAGGACAAACGCUCUCUUUUGGAAAAACGAAAGUUAAUUGAAGCUUUAAUGGAACGAUUUAAACAAGUAGAAAGAGAAAUGAAGACAAAGGCUUUCUCUAAAGAAGGUCUUCUACAGAGGGAACGUUUAGACCCAAAGGAGAAGGAAAAAGUAGACGCCUGCGACUUUGUCAAUAACACAGUAGAGGAGCUCUCUCGACAGAUUGAAACAGUAGAAUUUGAAAUUGAGCAGUUAGAAAGUUCAGGUUCCAAACGUGGUAAAAAAGCGGACCAUCAAAAGGCUGAACAUGUCAGUGAAUUAGAGCAUCUGAACGAGAGACGAAAGUAUCACAUUAAUCGUUUAGAAUUGAUUUUGAGGCUGCUCGAAAACGAUCAUCUUGCACCUGAACGAGUCAACGACCUAAAAGAUGCCAUUCAAUAUUAUGUCGAGUGUAAUGGUGAGCCAGAUUUUGAAGAAGACGAAGGUUUAUACGAUGAAUUGGACUUGGAAAAAGAAGAAGAGUUGUACGAUAUUCGAACGGAUGAAUUUCAUAGCAAAAGCGAUUCAGAAGAGGACGAAAAUGAAAAAGAAAAUGUAUCUGCAGUACCGACUCCAGCACAAAGCCCAAAGAAGACCAGGGCAUCCGCAAAAGCAGUACAAGCAGAGAACAUAUCAGCUACUGUUAAAGAUACAUCGUCCUUACCCACACCAGUGCAGUCUCAAGAAGCACCCGCUCCAACCGCUGCUACUGCAACACCUUCAAGUAAAACAGCCGAUAAAGACAAUGUAUGGGCAGAACGACCCAAAAUUGCUGACCAGGAUAAAGCCACAAGUGAACAGCAAGAUAAUGAAGCCACAAAAUCCCCAACUGAACAUGAUUUGUUAGAGGAUUACAAUAGUCCUUCCAUUCAUCAAUUACCACCCUCGCUCGCUGAUCUUGCACCCUCAUUCCAAGCUAUAAAAAAUAAGCAUAAACAUGAUAUCCAAUAUGCCACACAAAUGUUAAAUGCUAGUUUACAACAUGUUCCCGAUCUCAUCGACUCUGAAAGACCAAAAGUAUAUCAACCACGUAAUCCCUAUAACACACCAGAUUACUAUCCACAGCAACCUUUACUUAUAUUUGAUAACCCUGUCAUUUUCGACAAAUUUGAUAUGGAUACACUCUUCUAUAUCUUUUAUUACCAACAAGGCACAUAUCAACAAUAUCUUGCAGCGAGGGAACUGAAAAAGCAAUCAUGGAGAUUUCACAAGAAAUACCUUACAUGGUUCCAACGUCAUGAAGAGCCAAAAGUGAUUACAGAAGACUACGAACAAGGCACAUAUAUCUAUUUCGAUUAUGAGAAUGCAUGGUGUCAGCGUAAAAAGAUGGACUUCAGAUUUGAUUAUAACUUCCUGGAGGAAGCUUAA